AUGUCGCCUCUGGAGAAGCUGUACGAGCACAGUCGCGAAUCGAUACUUCCCCUCCUAAGGCACCACCUCCCCGCUUCACUCCUCGUCCUCGGGACAAUCCUCUCCCCUGUCUCGCCAGCCUACGAGCUUCAUGUCCCAAUAUGGAGCACCAUACCACCCACCGCAGACGGCUCCCCAGUACCCAUAGACUCUCAAGGGACCAUCAUCGCUACUCUGCCGCCCCUGCCGGGAUCUCAGAUGCGGAUCUUCGAUACAUCCGAAUCCACUCAGUCGCCAGGCGGGACGGACGGGGCUGAGCUAGAGGCGGCAAGGAGAAGAGUCAUUGGCGCGCUGAGGACAUACGUCAUGGAGAAGGACAGGACCCUAGCGAUGAUAGGAGGCUUGCACGAGCUAUGGGUGGAAGCGGCGGAGAAGGAGAUUGCGGGCGGAGAGCACCGCCCUGUCUGCGCCGUGUGGAUGCCGCCUGUCCUGGGUUCAGGCAAGGAACAGAGGAUUAAUCUAGACGUAGGAGAGCGAGAAGGGGAUGUAGUCGAAGGCUACGAGGCUGAUAUCGGUCGAGAGUGCGACGUUGAAGAUUUCUCUGGCGGAUCAGAUGUAGCGCGCGACUCGGUAUACUACUCGUAUCGUCUCCCAUGGGCCACGGUCAUCCGCUCCUUCUCAUCUUCGACCAGCGACAAGGUCGACCCGUUCCAAGAGAUAUGGACCGCCUCUAUCGACAGGGCUGCGCCCGAUCUCGCCGCCGAAGACGCUGCUCAGAGCAAAGUCAGACCCCCCGCCUGCCGCGUCCUGACGGAUGCGGAUGGAUGCAUCGGUGCCCUCAGUACUACCAUGGGCCACAGACGUAAGGGUCUGGCGCAGUGGGUGGUCAGGGAACAUAUCAAGUCCGGGCGGGGACUGAUGGGCGGCGGGUCGGAGGGACAGUGGGCGUCUGCGGUGAUAUUUGAGCGGAAUAUCGCGAGCCAGAAGACGUUUGGCGGGAUGGGAUGGAAGAGGGCGUGGGGCUGCUCGUGGGUCGCUGUGGACCGCAGUGGGGAGUAUGGAGAUCUGGCGGGAGGUGGGACGGUUAAAGAGCUGAGAGCGGGCCUGCGGGACACGGACUUAGUAACGAAAAACACCCUGGAGGGUAGAGGUGCAUGA